GAAAUUGAAGACCUUUCUCAAUACUUGCGCCGCGACUGCUUGGAGCUGACAGGCAUUUUACCAACCGAAGAAGUAUAUUGUUUUGACCUUGUUUGUUCUAUUGGGAAGGAAAUGGGUAUCGAGCUGCAAGAUGAAGACAUCUCCACGGCCCACCGUUUACCCACUUACAAUAAAAGUGCAGAAGACAAGAUUAUCAUCAAGUUUACGCGUCGCAGUAUUCGGGACGAGUUUUACGGAAAGAGGAAAACAAUCGCCGGCAAAGAAGUUGGUAAAGUUGGCACUCUACGGGAUCUUUCUCAAGACCCAAAGAAGAAAUUAUAUAACUCCGAGUCGCUAACACAAGCAAGAAAGAAAUUGUUUGGCAGCAUUAACAAGUUUAAGAAGGACAACAAGUGGAAAUAUAUUUGGACCAACAACGGGCGAAUAUACCUCAAGCAAGGAGACGGGGAAAAGCGUACGUCCACAUUCAACUACGCAGACGAGUUCGCUGACUUCAAAAGUAAAUUUCCUCAUAGAUAA